GUAUACCGAGAGAGGAACUGAAAUAAACUCCACCGACCAGGCGACCACCGCCAUUUUCUCAAUGCGAAACCCUCUCCGACGAUUGGAAAUCCUCGCCGUUCUGAUUGGGGGAAAGAGUAGCUGGAGUAGAAUCCGCCGUCGCCGAACGAAUCUUCACCUGUGGAUAUUGGCGGAAUAGUCAACUCCGGCGGCAGUGAAAAGUAAGCCUGGACGGUGUGGCGAAACCGAGAAUGUGCAGCUUGAUUGCUUGCUUGCUCUGUGUUUGGUGAUUGUUGUUUAAGGUGUAAUAGUUUCGAGUGGAGGUGAGAAGCAGGAGAGGCCUCAACGAUCCAUACUGUGGCGUCAGCUGCGUCCCCGCCACCAGUCUCAUUGUCGUCGUCACCUCCGUGUCUAGUUGGAGGACCCAUCACCUCCAUGACGAAGUAGGAGUGAAGGAAUUGUCAGAAUUGUUUGCUGGGUUGCGUUGUUUCUGCGAGAAUCCGCUUUGCUUAAGGGAUGACUGCUGAAGGUGGGGAGGAAUCGCGGCACAACCGGACACGCAGAGAGUUGGUAUGUCAUGCCGGUGCUGGUGCUGCCGCAGGUGCUAUUGCGGCCACGUUUAUGUGCCCAUUGGAUGUGAUCAAGACAAGGUUGCAGGUCCAUGGGCUGCCUGUAUCAGCACAUUCUAGUGGCCGAGGUAGCGCUAUCGUCACAAUCUUACAGAGCAUAGUCAAGACUGAAGGUUUAAGGGGGAUAUAUCGUGGACUUUCCCCUACUAUAUUGGCGAUACUUCCUAAUUGGGCUGUGAGUAUUGCUUCUUUUUUUCGUUAUAGGUAGUUGCUAGGUAUACUUGUUCUUGUUGCUUAGUCUGAGAAAUAUUAACUUAAUAGAUAAAGUUGAACGCUCCUGGGACAUCUUGUCCCUUUUCUUAGCCUUGAGUUGCUCUAUGUUGAGGAGAAAGGAUAUUUAAGUUGACGGAUUAUGAUGUAAUGGGAUUCAAAAUUGACUCUAUGCUUCACUAAACUGUUUCGCUAUGGGGCUGUUCGUGUGAAUAUCUUUAUUAGCUGGUACUGGUACUUAUCGAAAUCUAAGAGGACUAUGAUGGGAUGGGAUUCACUUUUAACUCUGUUUGCUUGUACUUGAGAAAACCAUAAAGAAUAUGUUGCUAAAGUUCAGAUCCUGAUUUCUUGCUGUUUGUUUUGUAGGUAUAUUUCACAGUGUAUGAAAAAUUGAAAGGCUUGCUUCUUACAAAUGGGGAUGAAAGUGGCCAAUUAACGGUUGGUCGAAACAUGAUUGCUGCUGCUGGGGCUGGUGCUGCCACAUCCAUCGCAACAAAUCCAUUGUGGGUUGUCAAAACUAGGCUCCAAACACAGGGAAUGAGGCCUGGUGUGGUUCCAUACACAAGCAUAUUUUCGGCUUUAAGGAGAAUAACUUACGAGGAAGGUCUGCGGGGGCUGUAUAGUGGUAUUCUACCCUCUUUGGCUGGGAUAAGUCACGUUGCAAUCCAGUUUCCUGCAUAUGAAAAGAUCAAGUCGUAUAUGGCAACAAGGGAUAAUACAACUGUCGACAAGCUAGGCCCUGGGAAAGUAGCAAUUGCCUCCUCGAUAGCCAAAGUUGUAGCUUCUGUAACAACUUACCCCCACGAGGUAAUCCGUUCACGACUUCAAGAGCAAGGGCAGGUCCGAGGUUCCGAGGCUAGGUAUGCCGGCGUCGUUGAUUGUGUCAGGAAGGUGUUCCUUAAGGAAGGUCUUCCAGGGUUCUACCGUGGUUGUGCUACUAAUUUAAUGAGGACAACGCCGUCAGCUGUCAUUACAUUUACCAGCUACGAGAUGAUACAUAGGUUACUGGAGGGACUUAUACUUCCUGACAAGAGGCAUUCGAAGAGAUAA